AUGGAUUUCCAGUCAUUGAUCGACGGAGUGUCUCAGGGACACUACACAACCUGGGCCACGAGCACUAUAUCGGAAAUGCCGGCGUAUCUUGCCGAUGUUCCCAAUUCAAGCGGAUCGCCAACCUCCUCUACAGACGACCAGUUCCCUGCAACCCUAGGUCACGGUUACUAUUAUCACAUCGUUGAUGACCAAACGCAGCUCGGAUCACACUCUCAGCCAAUGCCGUUUUCGGAUCUUGACUCUGAUCACGAGAGCCAUUGCUACAACUCGCAUCCAAUACAACACUGCAAGUUAGCGUAUAUACCUAGUUCCGAGUCCACAUUGACGGAGGCGACAAACAUUAUUUCAACACGGCGACGAGCUCAGAACCGCGCAGCUCAGCGCGCCUUCCGCGAGCGCAAAGAGAAGUACGUCCGCCAUCUCGAAGCUCAAGUGGCAGACCUGGCCGACAGUUACACUAAGCUCAAAGCAUCAUACUCUCAACUUGAGGCCGCACACGAGAAGCUCCGGACAGCCAUCAGAUUGUUGACGAAAGACGACGAGGCUGAUCGACAGAAUGUCCAUGGUGAAACCACCAACUGA